AACGACUUAACUUCAAAUAAUUCUGACAAUUCUUUGAUCAAGUUUCGAUUAUAUGAGAUUGAAGCAAGGUAUAUGAAUUUUCCAGAUAAACAACAAAGGUCGACCCUGUUGCAAAGACUUGAUGAUAUUUUAGCAGUUCCAGAAAUAAAACUUUCUGAAAUAAAGCUUUCAGAAAAAAUUAUAAAAAAGGGUCAUCCUUCUGAAACCAAACGACUACCAAUUGCAUUAGAACUUAUGGAAGCAGGAAAAAAGCAAAUUGAAGAUAUCAAUUCUCAACAAAAUGCUUUGACGACUUAUAUUGAAAGUAAU